UAUAUGUAUCUAGGGUUACCCCUGGCCCCUGCUAGUUUUGCCUUUAAUCAGCGAAUUAUUAAGUAGUAGCAGAGAUCUUGAAGGGUAGCAGCAUGGGUAGAGGUGAAAGCAGUGGUGGUGGACAAAGCUCCUUAAAAUACUUGUUUGGAUCAGAAGAACAGCAGAGUCAACCUCCGCCGCCAAAGACAGUUUCAUUGCCACCCUAUGGCGUUGACCUCGAAAACACCAACGAAAACCCUCCUCCUGCUCCUCCUCCUUCUACCACCCAAGUUAUUGACCGAUCUCAAGGCCAACACUUGGGAAACAUUCUAACUACUCGUCCAUCGACAAAAGUUAAUUCUGUUCCUGGGGGACAUUCAUCGCUUGGAUACUUGUUCGGUGAUAAGUGAUAUUUUCGUUAACAUCUUGAAUUCCCUGAUAGUGGUGCCUCUGAAAAGAAGUAUCGUGCAGUGUGUGGUGGAUUUAAUUUACAUAGUCACUCUCGUUGUUGACUUGAUUUCAGAAUAAAGACAAAAUAUGUGUCAAUUGAGGGUUGAUGUUUUUCAGUGUUGGGUGUAUUUUAGGUAAGGAUCAAAUUAAAAAUAAAAAUUAGAUCAGGUCAUGGAAUUACAAUACAUUUAUAAGUU